AUGUUGGUGCCCGCAGCACCCUCGCCGUUUCCUCACAGACCUGGUGUCUCGAUGACUUCGUUCCAUCCCCAUUUUGCUGAGGGCGCAGCACCUUUCAGCGAUUCCCCCAUCUUCGAGCCCGACGAGAAGUGGAAGGCCGGCGUACGGAAGCAGAUAGAAGACGAACUUCGGCCCAUCGUCGAGCAGGUGCGCAAUGAGCAUAACAGGAGCCAGAUAUCACGGCAACAGUUCGACGAAAAGAUGGGGCAAAUGCGGGCUCUCGCGCAGCACCAAUUUUCCGAGGCGUUGAUGCGCGAGAGGCAGGAGCGUCUGUGGGCAUCGGGCCAGCAGCCCAGCCAGCCAUGGUUAGAUGUACUGGUACGCGAACAAACGGCUGCUUAUGCGAACGCCCAAGCGAGCGGUGGACGACAACAAGCUGCUUCUCAGACGACAUUCACUCAUGGCGACGAGAAUGUGGCGGGGUCAUCGAAGACUACGAACGCUGUGCAUGAGGACGUGCAUAUCCCUCCAAAUUGGUAUCAAUAUGGCGAGGGGCGUGGUGAGGCGCCGAGGGCUAGUGGAGCGGUCGAUGGGACAUGGUCCCAGCAGGGCACGGAGGCGCCGUAUGAUGGUGUGCCUAGAUGGCAGACUGCAGAAGCGCAGGCAAAGGCGCACACGCGGUCUGCGCCAGAGAUAUGGCGGCCCUCUGGUGCCCCAGCGGAUCAUGACCCGAGGCUCUCGAGGCCGCUCUCGCGCGCGAUUCCUGCGAUAAAACCUCCAGGAACGCCACUGAUGCGGGAACACGUCAGGCUGCAAAGCAUGCCUAGCGAUCACAACAUUCCUUUUGCAAGGCCGGUCAGCAGAGGCUUCCACGAUGACUCCUACUCGAGGGACGGCGACGGGGAGAAUGCGCUCAUGCACGAAAUCAGCAUCGCAAUGGCCAAAGUCGGGGGGAGACCAGAAGAGCCGCCGAAGAUGCCACAGGUCCGACAUCAAGUUCCUACCCAUUUCACCCAAGCACACCAUCUCGCCGCUCGUGCACAGUCCGUGACUCCCAAGCCAGCGGGUGUGCCCGUGGCCACACACCGUGUGGCACCGACGCCACUGCGUGCAGUGGAGAACAUGCACUACGAACAGCCCCCCAUAGCGCAUCGAGCAACGCCCAUGGAAACACAGUUCUCCGCUGCGAUGCAUAGCGCCCUGCGGGCGUCCACCACGACGCCACACCCAGGGCCGCGUCUCGCCCCCUCAAACUCCACGAUGCAGGUGGUCGACCCUCGAACAUUUACGAUCGAUGAUGAUGCCCGCAGUGUCAACUCAGUGUUCCGCCCGCCUCCGCCCCCGUCGCAGGCGCUAUGGUCCGGCCCCAGCGCGCGUGCGGAGGCGGGCAGUGCGGCGGAGAAGCGCCCGACACCGACGUUGGAGGAGCUGGUGCUCAUUGCGUCGGAUGAGGGCGACAGCGACUGGGAGGCGUCCGCGUUCGAGACGGAGGACGUGGAGCGGAUGAUGAAGGAGGAGAUCGGACGCUUCGAGGUGGCACAUGCGCCGGCGCAGGUGCAGGUGCACUUCGAGGAGCCGGUCCGCCCGAAGGAGAAAGAGGAUGAAACUAAGAAAUGGCCGCCUCGACCAACGAUUGUGGAAGAGGUGGUGGAAGAGGUGGAGAAUGUGAAAUGGCCUCCUAAGCCUAGCGUUGUGGAAGAGGUGGUGGAAGAUGAGGAAACUCCGAAGAAGCCUGCAAAGGGCGGGAAGGGCAAGCGGAAAGACGAUGCGAAGAAGAAAGAGCAGGAGACGAAGCAAAAGGCCCAGGAGGCUAAGCGCAAGGAGCAGGAGGCCAAGCAGAAAGAGGAGGCCAGACGUAAGGAGCAAGAGGAGGCCAGACGCAAGGAGCAAGAGGCGAGGCAGAUGGAGCAGGAGGCUCGACGCCUUGAAGAGGAGAAGAGGAGAGAAGAGGAGCAGCGCAAGGCAGAAGAGGCCCGCCGUCGUGAGGCGGAGGUGAGGCAGAUGAUGGAGGAGGCGAAGAAACGUGAGCAGCUGAGGAAACGCGAGGAAGAACUGCGCGAAGCCGAUCGACUAGACCGGGAGCGACUCGAAGCGUUCCGCAGAGAACAGGAGGAGGCCAGGCGCCGACUCGACCAUCGUCAGCGGAAAGAGAGUGUGGGCGUUGUGCCGGAGGCAGCAAAGAAACAGGACGAGCAGGGUCAUGCCAAAAGGGCCGCGGAGAUGGCUAAGAGGGAAGAGGACAUGAAGUGGAAGGAGGAAGAGAUGAGGCGCAGGGAGGAGGAGCUCAAGCGCAAGGAGCUGGAGCUGGCAAAGAGGGAAAGGCAGGAUGAAGUGAAGCGGAAGGAAGAGGAGAAGCGAAAGAAGCCUGGUGCUAUACCUAAGAAGAAAGAGGAUGAGCUGCGCGAUAAAGAGAAGGAGCUGCGCAAGCAAGCGGAGGAGCUUCAUAAGAAAGAAGAAGAGCUUCGAAGACGCGAGGAGGCUUUGAACCGUCGUGCUGAGGAAGUUCUAACUUUUAUGAAAACCGCCCACGAUGAAUUUCGACGAGACUGGCACCGCAUGGGCGGCAUAUUGUCCUCAUCUGCGAUUUGA